GUUGCGCUUUUGGUCAGUCGUAGUAGAGAUUUUCAAUCAUGAAGACUGCUUUCGUGCUGCAAUUCCUUUUUCUCAUUACUGUGUCAUACUCACAGAAAUUGCAAUUAAGCGUCUACUAUGAGGCUCUGUGCAUCGACACUGUGAACUUCUUCAGAGACCAGCUGAUGCCGACGUACAAUGAAUAUUCGGACAGAAUGGAUUUGAAAUUGAUUCCCUAUGGCAAAGCCGGUCACUACUGGAACCAAGCGACCAGCAAGUAUGAGUUCUGGUGCCAACACGGAGCUCAGGAGUGUCACUUAAACAAAAUCCAUGCCUGUGGUCUGUACAUCUUGCCAUUCAAUUCAGCCAUCAAUUUCACCUCCUGUUUGUUGCAAUACCGACGGACGGCGAGGCAUCACUGUCAACCGAUUCUGGGCAAUAAAAUUCGGAAGAUGAAUAGAUGCAUGGCAACACAUGCAGAUGAACUCUUGGCUAAGCAUGGAAAUGCAACAGCAGAAAUCGGUCUGAGUUUUGUGCCGACAAUUGUCCCCGAAAAUGAUUCCUGCUAUGCAAGACGAGACAGCUUAUACAGAAACUUCAGGCAAGCUUUUCGCGAUGAAUAUGCUGCAAAAUAUCAAACAUAUCCGGAUGACACAAUCCCUGACAGAGAGCAAAAGAAGAAUAUCGAUAAUUUGUGCGGACCAGAAUUUCCACUUUGGAUGUUUGCAAAUAGGAAAUGACAGCAAAAGUAAACAAGUGAUUA